CCGACUAAAUCGUGGUUCUAUCGAGGCCAACAAGCGGGGCCAACAACCGGGCGGAAUAUGCUAAACUAGUGACGACUCUGAUUGGUCAGAGAGAAUCGUCACAAUUCUCGCGCGACUUAAUCCCUAGUGUCGCAUAUAUUAAGGGACGCUUGCAGCAUUUUUGUAAACCUAAGAAAAUGGCAAAGAAAAACAUACCGUGGUCGAUUGCGACGUUCCUCCAGCUGAUUGCAGAUGAUAAAAUCCAGCGGGAGCUCGACGGCACAACUCGCAACCUAAAAGUUUUUCAGGAGGUCUCUGCACUGUUGUCCGAGCGCGGAUUCUCAAGGACUUUCCAGCAGUGUAGGGAAAAACUGAAAAAGCUUAAGAGUGAGUAUAGAGCCGUGAAGGACCACAACUGCCGGAGUGGUUCAGAUAGGAAAAACUGGAAGUGGUUCGACCUGUUGGACGCUAUUUAUGGCCAUAGACCGGCCAACGUUGGGAGGGAGGGAGGCCUGGACUCUGCAACCGCGUUACUGGAGUCCCUGCAUGAUGAUGCCAUUGGGACUAGUGAGGAGGAACAGUCCCGAACAACGGGUGGUGGCAGUGUUCCGUCCUCAACAUCAUCAGAACACACCUCAACUCGACCACAGACACCAGUCGAGGAACCGACACCAAUGCCGAGUGCCAUCACGACACCGCAGCGUGUGGUUCUAGGCAAGAGGAAACGAGGAGGAGACGAGCACCUAGCACAGCAGGCACGGCACCAUGAACAGAACCUGGCCCAGGUGGAUCGGCACUGGCAGCUGACCAUGGAGGCUGUUGCCCGGGCGAGGGAGGAGGAAAUGGCCUUGAGAAGGGAGGAGAACGCUCAAACUCAUGCGUUUAACCUGGCCUUCCUGCGCACUUUCGGCCAGGUUCGAGGGGGCAGCCGACGUGGCCCGUCUCCUCAGGAAGACGAACCACCUCUGUAA